CAAUAAUGGUAUUACGCGCCCGUUGGAGUGCGUUCUCGUGAUAGAGGCACCCGCAGCUGUGGCGCCUGCGCAGCCACAGCCUUUGGCAACGUUGCAGCAAGUAUAAAAUGCCACAACCACAUGUGACUGCGGACGCAUUAAAAGCCCACUUUCUACUUCAUACUAUUCGACCACCAUGCUUUCAAAAUCUGUUUUCCUCCUCGCCGGCGCAGGUUUCGCCGUUGCACAAUCUAUUUCUUCCCAGUGCUCAUCGACGUUGGUAACCAUUGCCGGUUCCCCCGACUCCGCGUGUCUCAACCCCAGUGGAAUUGUCCAAAUUGCACUCACUAACUCGAACUCAUCUAUCAUCCCUGCCGUUGAUUCCUGGUUGACUGGACUUUGUGCUCUCGGUCCAUGUAGUAACUCGUCCCUUCAAGCGGUCGCCACGAACCUCACUGGUGGUUGUUCUUCCGAGCUCGCGAGUCUUGGUUUGACACCCAACGGCUCGACGAACCUGACAGUCUAUUUGGAAGAAGCUUACCCUACUCUUCGCCAGGUCUUAUGCUUGAAAGAUACCUCCGCGAACGAGCUUUGUGCUACAGAAGAGCUUACUGGGGUCCAAAAUUCUACGGGCACAUUGACGAUCAACAAUUUCAUCAGUGUGGUUGGCCAGAUUGUCUCCGGUAGUGGCUCUAUUCCGCAGAGCGUGACCUGCAGCAACUGCAGUAAGGCAGGAUAUACUAUUGCUGACCAGAAUUUCCCUGCGCUGGUUUCAAACACUACGAGCACGGUGCAACAGACUUGUGGUUCUUCCUUCACAGAUGGCCAAGUUCCUUCUGGCAUCGAAGAGACCGCAUCCAACAGCUCCAGCUCCAGCGGAGGUAGUACAGGUGGAGCAGUCUCUCUCUCCGUGAACAGCUUGAGUAUGGGGGUCACAAUGCUUGUCGUGGUAUCAUCCGUCUUUGCCAUCUUUGCUUGAAUGCGUUGGUUGCAAUGGUUCCAUGGACACUGCUAUGUCUUUUUGAGUCUUUUGAACUUUCACCUUAUGUACAGUAAUGGACUUGAUUACAUAAAUCUACGGACCUUCAAAGAUAACUCGAUAAUACAAAAUCUUGACG